AUGUACAGUUUGCAAGCAAAAACAGACAAACUGAUCAAAGCACAAACAAAACCGGAUGGUAGUAGUGAACACUUGUCUGGCAUUUCAGAGAAGCUAAUCGCAAGCGUGACAACAAGCGAGCAAGAAACGCAACCGUUUCUGACCCGCGAGCCACUCGUCCAAGACUGGACAUACCUCCAGGGGGUCCACCCAGAGGGGAGGGAGGGGGAGAGGGCACCAAGAAGGGGAGGACCACCAAGAGGUGGUGGUCAACAAGGAGGACAAGGCAGAGACCAUCCCAUAGGACAGGCCACUAACACCCCAGCACCACGAGGGCCAAAACCUUGCCCACACUGCGGUACAAACCUUUCACCACAUGCGUACAGCAAGUGCCCCAACAAAGGCGAAAGCAACCGUCUAAAGGCAUAA